UACAUUAUACCAUUUCGUGAGUUAUAUUCUACAUCAAUUAGUGAAAAUGAAGGUUAUUUUGUGCACAAUUUUGCUUAUUGGAACCGCUGUGGCAGCUUCUGUUAUACCAAGAAUUGUUGGAGGAAAGCCAGCUACUCCUCAUGAGUUUCCCUAUAUGGUUUCUCUCCAAUGGGUGGGAAUGGGUAUUAGUCAACACUUCUGUGGUGGAUCACUUCUGAAUGCAAGAUGGGUUCUUACUGCUGCUCAUUGCGUCAAUGCUCUGCAGGGGGACGAUGACAUUGUUGCUGGAGCCCAUAGUCUUAGAAAUCCGGAUGAAUAUGAACAGAGGAGGAAGGUGCUCAGGACAUUUACCCACGAAGAUUACAACGGAAAUGUUGGUCCCCACGAUAUUGGUUUGAUUUACGUAUUAGAACCUUUUGAGUUCAACGAUCACGUUCACAAUCUAGAUUUGCCUUUGAGAGAAUCUUUCUAUCCCACUGGAUACGCUACAAUCUCCGGAUGGGGAUCUAUGUCUAAUACUACAGUCCCUGAGUAUCCUGAUUUACUUAUGAAGGCUGAUUUACCAAUUCAAUCUUUAGAGUUAUGCUUUGAAAUUUAUGACAAUACGCCAUUGCACAAUACUAAUGUUUGUGCUGGGGAGCUCGAUGGAUCGAAGGCUGUCUGCAGCGGAGAUUCCGGAAGUCCCCUUGUGAAGAAGGACUCCGAGGACGGUGUUGUGGUUUAUGGAAUUACCAGCUGGACUUACGUUCCAUGUGGAACACCAGGAACAACAGGAGUAUUUGUCAAUGUUUCGUACUACUACCAGUGGAUUAAGGAGAUAAUGGAUUACUACAGCAACUAGUUAAAAAUAGCAAUUUUUAUUUUAAUUAUAUAUGAAUUGAAUAAAUAAUGAUUUUUUCUGAUCAAAA